AUGAAAUCUAAAUUAAUCGACGACGCCAAAGACUAUUUGGUCGCUAUCGCUGGCCCGGUGUUGUACAUCUUUGGUGUCGCUGGCAACUCGUUCGUCGUCAUUGCAGUAUGGAAAAAGCGAUCUCUGCGAUCAACAACCAACUGUCUUCUUGUUAACCUUGCCAUCUCAGAUAUCGUUAGCUUUUUGUUUUUGCCACUGAUGCUAGUUCAGUCCACUCCCUUAAAUCCAGAUCACUUCGCCGACUUUUUGUGCAAGUUCUUGAUUUCUUUUCAUAUACCAGCAACAGCAAAUGUGGUUGCUAUCCUCACGGUGACCUUGAUGUCCAUCGAGAGAUAUCAUGCUUUGGUCAAACCGAUGAAGAUUAGAAAACGACUUCAGAAAGAUACAAUAGGACAUGCUGUCACCGGUCUUUGGAUUUCAGGGCUCCUUCUUACUCUCCCUUACUACAUAUUUGGUCAAUAUGAUGAAGAUUAUUUGUGUUGUGUAGUUGGUAAACGGACAAAAGGAUUCAUAAUCUAUGAACUAAUUUUCCUGGCUGUCAUCGUUUUCGUUCCUUUCUUCAUUACCAGCUUCUGCUACUUCCAAAUCGUUCGUGAACUGUACUUCAAGAACAAAGUCAGACCACAGAACGUGCCAUCCGCCGCAGAAGAAGAUGCUCGUGAUAAGCGUAAACUCGUCAAACUGUCUCUCUCGAUAAUUUCAGUGUUUGGACUUUUUAUGUUUCCUUUGUUUAUCACCUUGAUCUUAAAAUCCAUCGAUGAUGACACCUUUAAACGAUACUUCCAGAUAGCUGCAGCUUUCUUCUUCGUGGAGGCUGCAGUCAACCCGUUCAUCUACACUUUCCAGAGCACGAAUUUUCGACAAGCAUUUAAAGAGAUACUGAAACACCCGUUUUGUGCUUGA